GGAGCAUUGACCCACUUACUCCACAUUCUUUACGUAAUGCAAUGGCUCGAUUCUGAUCUUAAAGCGGGAAGAUGUAGGGCGGGCUUUCCCGCACAACGGAAAACAGGCAAGAAGUUUAUUUUUCCUUUGUGAUGUAUACUGAGGAUGAUCGUUUACUUUUUCCUUUUCUUUCUUUCAGAUUUUAGACCCGUCUGAAACUUUUUUUUUAUUUUAUUUUAUUAUUACAGAAGUAGCUUCAUUAUUAAUAGCUCUUAUACAUCCUACCGUCAGUCUCUUCAUUAGAAAUAUAAUUUUUUCAUCCAAGAAUUUCAAAAAUUCAUGGACUUUUCCUGGGUGGACGACCGGCAGAAUAAUUAUAUCAAGCACUCUACGUCACCCUCCUCUGGUUCCUCUUCUAUCAGAUUAUCAAAUGAUAUGGAUAUCAACACAAUGAAUACUCGAUUAGCACCAUCAGCACCCUUUUCUACUUCACAAGACUCUUCUGCAAUGUCUCCUUUGCGAAGAUCGCGUGCCGAUACUAUGCCGUCGCAAUCUUCUGUCUUUCCUUAUGCCAGUGAUUUAGUCGCAAGUCUGAAUAAUGCAAAAGAUACUACUUCAACCAACAGCAGUAACAGCAACAUCGUGGGAGGUUUACCUUCUACCUCUCUACGUCAUCGUUCUGGUUCUGUUACGUUACCCCACCACUACUCGCACAUGCCAUUGGACCGUACAGCAGCAGAAGCUACAAGCUCAUCAAGUCAUGUGUACGAUCCCUCAAGUCCAAUGGACGAAAAUGCAACCAGUACGAUUGCUUCGACUCUUGCAUCGUUAGGUUUGGACGACAACACUACCACUGCGAAUGGUUCAGCAACAACAGCUAGCUCGCUUGAUCAUUCUCAACAUCCUAUCCACCGUGGAAGGUCUUAUACUAUCACUGGCCCUUCGCCGUUAUCAUCCUCUACAACGGCUGAUUUAUUAGCGUCUAGUAGUCUUCAUCAUCAGCAGCAGCCGUCAUCACGGCUUACUGCUUCCUUCAAUCCUUUCUCACCUCACGCGCGCUCAAACUUACUGUUGCAACAAAAUCGUCCUCGUGCCAUCAGUUUAAAUAUGGGGGAAAUGGGUACUGGGCCUUUUUCGCCCUUUAUGAUGUCUUCGCCUACUUCUUCACAUCUUUCUACGCCGAAUGCUACGGGUAAUACUGUAUCUGCAGCAGGUGUGGCGACAGGAAAGAAUGCAAUGCCUUCUUCACGACUUCGAAUGCAACACAAUGCUACUGAUAGUAUGAGUGCGAAUAACAGUUUGUAUAGCAGCAAUAGGUUGGAAAAAGAGCAGGAAUCUUUUCAUCCACCGGAUGAUCUACUGAUGAAUAAUAACAGUGACACAUCGCCUUCUUCCUUAUCGAAUCAUCAAGCGCAACUUACAGUCCCUUCACGUGCGUUAUGGCUCGGCAAUAUUAACCCUAGUAUCAGUGUAGCUGACCUCACGACGCAAUUUUCAAUUUACGGACAAGUGGAAAGUGCGAGAAUCCUCUCAGAUAAAGAAUGCGCCUUUGUGAAUUUUCUGACGGUCGAAUCAGCGAUAGCAGCCAAAAAUGAUUUAGAAACACGUUUGGGUUCUAAAUUAGGAGGCACCCCCGUCAGAGUAGGAUUUGGUAAAGCCGAUGUCAAUUUAGCCAUGGCCUUGACCAACGACACAGGGCCGAAUGCUCAAGGGCCUACACGUGCCUUGUGGGUCGGCAAUAUUCCUGCCAACAUGAACGCCAACGUUCUGCGCAACAUUUUUGGCACGUUUGGUGUGAUUGAGUCUGUCCGCGUGCUGUCUCAUAAAAAUUGCGGGUUCAUCAAUUUUGAACACCAAGAGGAUGCUGUCAGGGCAAGGAAAGCUUUGCAGAAUAAGGAAAUUCUGGGCGCAGGCACGGGCACCGUACGCAUCGGGUUCGCCAAGGUGCCUUCACCGAAUGCAUCGAACGAAGAAUUGAAUGACGAAAGUAGGAUGCUGAGAGAUCCUUAUCCUCUGCAGCCGCCACAACCACAACCACAGCUACAGCCACAGCCACAGCCACACAUGCCAUUUCCAGCGGCUGCUUAUUCUCCACAGCAUCUCCCUCCUGCGGGAGCCAUGCCCUAUCCGAUACAGCCACCGUUGCCUGUGAUCACGAAUAACAACGAUUACCAAGCGGCACAAUGGGCUACGGCUAUCAUGAUGACGAAUAUGAUGUUGAAUGCAUCCGGUCAGCAACAGACGACACAACCUAGUCUGUAUAAAGCCAUUGCUUCAGAACGACAGCUGAUCAUGCAACAACUUGGACAGGAGCCUUCUGAAAAGAUGAAAGAAGAUCGUGUCCCUCUCACCUACAUUACGGCUACGCCUGUCGUGCCCGAGUGGACGGCCGAUAGAAAAUUAGAGCCUCUUCGAUUACGUGAAAUGAGAAAGAAACUAGAGAGCGAAGAGCAGCAGCCCAAUGUAUUAGAGGAAGUAGAAGCGAUUGCUGCUGAAUGCAUGGAUGAAAUAGUGGAAUUAUGUAGUGAUUACAUUGGUAAUACAGUCAUUCAAAAAUUAUUCGAACUUUGCUCGGAAGAAACAAAGUUGAAAAUGCUGGAAAAAAUUGCUCCUUACCUGGCAUCGAUAGGUGUGCAUAAAAACGGGACUUGGGCAGCUCAAAAGAUCAUUGAUUUCUCCAACACACCUGAGCAAAUACAAUGCGUUCGCCAGCAUAUUGCACCGUACGUGCCACUUUUACUCUUGGACCAAUUCGGUAAUUAUGUCGUGCAAUGCUGUUUACGCAAAGGCUCACAUGAGAAUCAGUAUAUUUUUGACGCUAUUGUGGAUAAAUGCUGGGAGAUUGGACAAGGACGUUUUGGCGCCAGAGCCGUGCGCUCCAUACUCGAAAGUUCGAUUGUGACGAAAGAACAGCAAGUCUACGUUGCGGCGGCCAUUGUACAGAAUACCGUUUUACUCACGACCAACGCCAAUGGCAUUUUACUGCUCAAUUGGUUUUUAGACACAUCUGGAUUACCCGAACGCUACCGCGUCUUAUGCCCAAGGCUUUUACCCUACUUGAAUAAACUCUCUUCACAUAAAUUAGGUUCUUUGACGGUGAGUAAGAUAGUACAGCAACAAGAAGAUGCAGAAGCAUCGAAUUUGUUAUUGAACUCUUUAACAGAGAAGGCAAGAGCCGAUAUACUUAGUCAUAGUAAUAAUAACAGCAGCAGCAGUAACAGUAAUAGUAAGCAGCAUCACACCAGCAGCAACAAAAAGUAGUGACAUCCUUUGUACCUUUUUCUUUUUUAAGUUAAAAAAAACCCAGCUGUUUGAUACGAAAACCUCCAUUCAUCCUAUACACAUUUAUACAUAUUCUCUUUUUUUUUUUUUUUUUUUU